ACUUUAACUUUCAUGGCUUAGCUUUCUUGUCCCAAUAAAAGCUUGGCGGCCGUCUGUCUCUCGAUGAUGGACAGUAACUUGGGGAGAUCAAAGAGGCCGCUGGCAGCUUGUCAUUAGCGCCAGUCCAGCUCCGCGCAGCCCGCGGGGAUCCGCAUACCUUUCAGGGCCGGGCAGAGCCGGGGAGGCGCUGCGAGGGGCCUCGGCUGCGGUGGGUGGCGCGCUGCUCGCCGUACUUAAGCCUCGGCGGAGCUCACGUUGUUUAACUGGGACUUCAUUAGAACCAUGGCGACGGACGCCCCAGCGGCACCUCCGGGCUCCAUCGAGAACCCCGUGAAGCAUCGAAACCAGGACUUCGGGACUUUGCUGCAGGGAUGCCUGAAGUCCGGCGCGCUGUUCUGUGACCCGGUGUUCCCCGCCGAGCCGGCGUCCAUCGGCAUGCCCGAACUGGACCUGGACCCCAAAAAGGCCAUCAAGUGGCUGCGACCGAAGGAAAUCACCAAGAACGCUGUGUUCGUGGAGGGCACGACCGGCACCACGGACAUCUGUCAGGGCCAGCUGGGGAACUGCUGGCUGCUGGCCGCCCUGUCCUGUCUGACCAUGCACCCCACGCUCUUCGUGAAGGUGGUGCCGUCCGACCAGAGCCUGACUGAGUCGUACGCCGGGAUCUUCCGUUUCACCUUCUGGCAGUAUGGUGAGUGGGUGGAGGUGGUUGUGGAUGACAGGCUGCCAGUACGCGAGGGCCGUCUGCUCUUCAGCUACUCUCACACCCGCAACGAGUAUUGGAGCGCCCUGGUGGAGAAGGCCUACGCCAAGUUAAUCGGAUCCUACGGGAGCCUGAAGGGCGGCAACAUCUCGGAGGGGAUGGAGGACUUCACGGGCGGCAUCGCCAACUCGCUGCUCGUCUCGUCUCGCACGCCUCGAGUGCUGUGGAAGUCGCUGACGGGGGCCCUUUCCAGGGGCCGCCUGCUCAGCUGCUUCAUCCAGGCGGCCGACACCCGUGACAUCGGCAAAGUGACAGCGGAGGGGCUGGUGAAGGGCCACGCGUACGCCAUCACCGCCACCGACAAGGUGACUCGGGGCUCGGACGAGGUUCUGCUGCUGAAGCUGAGGAACCCCUGGGGUUUCGUGGAAUACUGUGGGCCCUGGAGCGACAAGUGUAAAGAGUGGGACGACGUGGACAAAGCGGAGAAGGAGCGGAUACACCUGCAAAAGACAGAAGACGGAGACUUCUGGAUCGGCGUUGAAGACUUCAGCAAACUUUACACUGUUGUGGAGCUCUGCAGCGUCAAUCCUGGCGACGACGACGACAGCACGCCGGUCCCCGAGUCAGCCUGGACCAUCAGCGAGCACAAAGGAUCAUGGGUACCGGGCUGCUCCGCCGGCGGCAGCCGCAAGAACAACCAAACGUUCUGGAAGAACCCGCAGUUCAAGCUGAGCCUCAGAGAGCAGGACCAGACGGAGGAGGACGAGGGCGACGACGAGAACGACGAGAACGACGACGACGACGACGUGGAGGUGACCCCCGACGCCGCGAAGGAGGCGGAGAAGCCCAAGCACAGGGCCAAGCACUGCACGGUGCUGGUGGAGCUGCUGCAGAGGAACCGGCGGCAGAGGGACAAGCUCAACUUCCUCUACGUAGCCUUCCAUGUGUACAGAGUUCCUGCUGAGCUCCAGGGUGUGUGUCUGGAUCGCAGCUUCUUCUUGAAGAACCGCCCCGUGGGACGCUCUGGGAAAUAUAAGGCUCAGAGGGGAGUGUUGAGGAAGCUGCGUCUGGACCCAGGUAACUACAUCAUCGUGACGUCCACCUAUCGACCCAACCAGCCCGGCGACUUCUUCAUUCGCACCUUCUCCAAGAUUGGAAACACUCUCGGGGCUCAUGACUUCAGCUGCACCUCCGGCUACCGUCCAGUUAUGGCGGCUCCUCCCUCGUCACAGGAUCAAAUCAAGGUUCAGGAGAGGUUCGAUGAGGUGGCUGGUUCAGAUGACAAACUGGAUGCCAAGGAGCUCAUGGAGCUGUUAAACUCAGUUCUGGACAAAGACUACCAUCUACCUCUGGAGACAUGCAGGGAGGUCAUCUUUGGACAGGACGCAAACUCCAGACUGAGCCGUGAACAAACGGAAACCCUGCUGUCCAGCCUGCGCCAUCUGCAGACCAUCUUUGUAAAGUUUGACGAGGACUCUUCUGGAACCAUGAGUCCCUUCGAACUCAGCGCAGCACUGGAGGCUCUUGGAAUGCAGUGCGAUAGCAAGGUCGUUCGGCUGCUGUGCGAGCGCUUUGCAUCUGGAGAGCUUCAAAUGCCCUUUCACAGCUUCGUGUCGUGUUUCACCAGGCUGCGCAAACUUUUUGCUUUGUUUGAAUCAGAGACCAUUCAAGAGGUGAAAGGUCGCGGGAUCAAUGCUUGGCUGCUUCAGUUUCUGGUGCUGUGAAGACAUUGGACCCAGCUAAGCCAUAGGACAUUGUUAACUGAUGUAAUUAACAGUACAUCAGAACUAUUCUGUAUUCUUUGCUUGCUAUAUUCUCUGCUCAGCUUUAUUUUCGCUUCAUAUAUUAUUAUCAUACUUCUGGCUCAGGCCUCUUUUUGUAUAGAAUGCUAAUGUGUAUUCUUGGCUAGUUAUGAUGACUUCAGACACAUUUACCAACCAGAGGCCCAAUAGAUUACACAGAGACAGAGAAGAGGAGCUAAAGAGAGACACGGGAACAAGAGGAGACACACAAAAGACGACACCCAGAUACAAAGUGAUUAAACAGCUGCAUUGUUUGCGGCUGUUUGUGUCUAAUUGAGGCUGUUUGUCUUGGAUUUAAGAGAAAUGAGGGACCACUUCCAUGUCUAUGACCAGGGGCCCAUUGUUUCACAAUGUGUCUGUGCAGAGGAUGCAGAACCCUCAUUUAAAUAUUAUGUAAUACUAUUACAUUUCUCAGAAGAGUAAUGCAGUAGAUUUUAUAUUAACAAAUAGAGCUUAAUAGUCGUCUUAUUCAUUAUUUCUGUCUGUUCAAAGCAUUGCUUUAAUAAAAAUAACAUUGCUGUAAAAACUGAACAUAAA